AUGCUGCGAGACAAUGCGUUUACGAUUGAAAAGCAUUUCAGAUUGAAAAUCGUUGAGAGUAUACCUCAGAAUGUUACAUUCGGCACAAGCAAACUGCCUGAGAGUACGUUUAGUGCAUGGCAAUCGUUGAUUCGUAACUGCAGGUCUGAUCUUCUGAUCGCCGCCUAUAAGUCGAGUCUUCGCGGAAAGCAUGUUCUUGGUGUUGAAAACCAGCAAGCGUUCUCACUGCAGGGUGAAGAAAUAUUCAAUUCAUUGCUGGAAAGUGGUACGGAAAAAGGUGUUCAAAUUAGGAUCGUGGAGAACUAUCCACCAAAAGAUAAAGGUGACAAUGAGGAUGCGGCAAGUCUACAUAGGAAAGGUGCAGUCUAUCGUCGACAUUUGAACUUUAAACAAAUUCUUGGUAAAGGAACAAUGCAUUCGAAAUUCAUCGUGAGCGAUCAAAAGAGUUUCUAUUUGGGAUCGGCGAAUCUUGACUGGCGAUCGUUGAAUCAAAAAAUGGAAUUGGGUGUUGUUGUUACGAAUUGCCCAUGUCUGGCCAACGAUCUCUCAAAUAUUUUCAAUUCUUACUGGCAGCUAACCGCUGAUGGUGCUUCAAUAUCGUUCGAUCACGCCGCUAAUCGUAUUCAUCAGAAUGAAGCUUCUUCAACCAUCUAUAAUAUGCAGAAUCCUCUUCGUAUUAUUCAUCAUGGCCUUCCACUCAAUGUUUUUAUUGCAACCUCUCCACCGGCACUGAACGCACCACAUCGCACAUGGGAUUUAGAUGCAAUUUUACGAGCAAUUGAUGAUGCGAAAUCUUAUUUGUAUAUACACGUUAUGGACUAUUUUCCGAUGUUCAUCUACAGCAAACCACCAAGAUAUUGGCCCACUAUCGAUGAUGCAGUGCGCCGCGCAAUCUUUCGUGGUGUUGAAGUGAAAAUGCUAACUGCUGCACUACAUUAUCCAAAACUGGGUUUACCUUUCCUUUCAUCACUGGAAUCACUCAGUGGUAUCAACCCAAAUGGUUCAAUUGAAGUGCGUAUUUUCAAAGUACCAACAUCCACCGGGGUGCAAACAGUGAUAUUACGAGAACGACGAACACACAAUAAAUUUUUAGUGAGCGAUAAUACGGUUGUCAUUGGAACAUCGAAUUGGUCGGGUGAUUACUUUGACGGUGGUAGUACAGGUGCAGCAUUUGUGGCAGUUCAAGAUGAGGAUAGCAGCCAUCGUGAAGCGAACAUUAUCGGUAGUGUAUCACUGAUUGACGAAAUGAAGGAUAUCUUUCUACGUGAUUGGUAUUCUGAAUACACACAUUCUGUGGCGGAUUAUAUCGACAAAUGUUUACUGACAAAAACGGAUUCAUUUUGUGAAGUUGAUAAGGAUCCAGCAUUACUCGCUGAAAAUCAGAUGCAAUGA